UCAGCCGUAUAUCCAUAAGUUCCUUCAAACUUGUCAUCUUCAAGUUCUGGUUUAAUAUCAUACCAGCUGAUCUAAAUCAGUUGGCAUAUAAAACGUUAAAUAUAUUCUGUAAAAGAAAAGUAAAACUAAUUCUCUAAGAACCAAUCUCUGUUUCCCUUGCCACAAACAUAUUUUCUGCUCUUUUUCUCAAGAAAAAGACUCAAACCCUUACCCAACAUUUCGUUUUUCCAUCUGAUUUUCUGCCUCUGUAAAUAGCAAGAAGACAAUAGCAAACAUCCAUGGCUGCAGGCAACAAGUUUGCAACAUUUUUGCAUAAAAACACCAGCAAAAUCACUGUUAUUCUAGUCUAUGCAGUUCUGGAAUGGAUCCUUAUCAUUCUCCUUCUGCUCAACUCUUUGUUCACUUACCUGAUUACAAAGUUUGCCAACUAUUUUGGCCUUAAACCACCUUGUCCCUGGUGUUCUAGAGUUGAUCAUGCCUUGGAGCAUGGCAAAAACUCGAACUCUUAUAGGGAUCUUGUUUGUGAUAAGCAUGCUACUGAGAUUUCCAAAUUGAGUUACUGCUCAAGUCAUCGAAAGCUAGCAGAAUCACAUCUCAUGUGUGAGGAAUGCUUGGCUUCUAGACCAACUCCUAGUGAUAAUAAAUCCAUUGGAAUGACAAGGAGAAUUGCUUUCAUUUCAUGGGUGACUGCUGAUCACAAGCUUGACAAUGGUGAAAAGGUUAGCCCUUGUUGUUCUUGCUGCAAGGGGAGCUUUGGCAGCAAACUUCAUCCUCCGUAUUUCUUGUUCAAGCCUACUUGGGGUACUUUGGAUUAUGCACACAAAGGAAGUUUGAUCAUAGAAGCAGUAGAAGAUGAUGCGAGUGAAAGUGAUCGGUGCAAAGAACCAAGCACACCUGACAGCCAAGCAAAUGACGAAGGUGAGGAUAUGAUUGAGAUCAAACUGAACAAUGAGGAAGAUCACAACGAAAGUGAUGAAGAGGCUAUAGCUGAACCUCAGAUUCUUUCUGAUGUUGAAAGUUUUCGAUUUGGUGAAGCAGCUGGAGAGGAGUGCUCAAGGUCUGUGUCAAACUCGCAAGAUACAUACCACGAAAAAGAUGUACAUGAAGAUGAUAAAUCAAGCAGCAUGAACAUCACAGAGAAGCAUUUUAGUGUUACAAGUGAUAUCGUUAAGCCUUGUUUUGCAGAAGAUCAUCAGCUAGCGUUCAUCAACCUGCACCCUCAGAAAUGUGUUUCUGAUCGUUUAUUUCCUGUUGAAUUAAUUGAUUUAUCAACAUCUGCAAGCCACUGCUCAGAAAAGCAAGAUCUGGGGAAGCAAGAUAAUGAAAAUGAAACUAGUGAUUCUCCUAUUGAAGAGACACCAUUACAUGCUAUAGAUGCGAGCGCAGAGAAUACUAGUCCGAAAGAAGUUGAAAGCCUGGAGCUAGGUGCUGGUAACAUUAAGAAUAUAUCCAUCCUACAUGCUGACAAAGGAAGAAAAGAUUUGGUCGAUGAGGCACGUGAACAUGAAAUUACCACGCAUGGAGCUAUGGAUGGCAAUUACACAGAAGCUUCAGCUACAAAAGAGCCCAAUGAUCCUCCAGCUCAUCAACAAGACAAGAAUGAUCUUAGUCUGUUGGUUGAGCAACCACAACCCGAGACAUUUUUAAGCACUCAAGACUCAGAUCUGCCUCAAGUUCAAGAGUCAGUUCCUUUAUUGCAAUGCUUACAAGAAGAUGGUUUUUCCACAUUUAAGAAUAAAGCUAAAGAGGUUGACGCUUCUGAAUCAUACAAUGCUGAGAAUGUCGGUGCAAAUCAAAGGGAGAAGAGCACAAUGGAGAAUAAAAUGAUUUCAAAUGAUGAGAAUCAAGACGGAAUAAACACUUCUUUAUCUGUACAUCUGGAUCGUAAUGAAGCAGAGGAGGAAAAGUUUCCUGACACUCCAACUUCACUUGAAGGUAUGCAUUACUUGCAUAAGAAACUGCUACUCUUUGAGAAAAGAGAAUUGGGCACGGAGGAGUCUUUAGAUGGGAGUGUAGUAAGUGAGAUGGAAAGUGGUGAUCCAAUUCUAACCAUUGAAAGGCUGAAAACAUCCCUAAAAGCUGAAAGAAAGGCAUUGAGUGCUUUAUAUGCAGAACUUGAGGAAGAGAGGAGUGCUUCUGCAAUUGCUGCUAAUCAGACAAUGGCUAUGAUUACCAGGCUUCAAGAGGAGAAGGCUGCAAUGCAGAUGGAAGCAUUGCAAUACCAAAGGAUGAUGGAAGAACAAUCUGAAUAUGAUCAGGAGGCCCUACAACUUUUGAACGAGCUCAUGAUCAAAAGAGAGAAGGAGAAGGAAGAACUUGAGAAAGAAUUGGAAGUUUAUCGCAAGAAGGUUUUUGAUUAUGAGGCAAAAGAAAAGAUGAGAAAAAUGAGGAGAAGCAAAGAUGGAAGUGUGCAAAGUAGGAAAUCUUCUGCUGCUGGCAGCUAUGUGGAGGACAGUGAUGAGCUAUCUAUAGACCUAAAUCGUGAACCGAAGGAUGAAGAUAGCAGCUUUUCUGGCCACCUGGAGAGCAGUGAUAAUACUCCUGCUGAUGCAGUUCUUAAUUUGGAUGAAAUGGCACUAGAUUGUGUAAACCAUAUAAGUGCCCUUGAUGAAUCAUUGACAGAAUUUGAGGACGAAAGACUGUCCAUCCUAGAUCAGCUUAAGGCAUUGGAAGAAAAGUUACUAACUAUGGGGGAUGAUCAAUUCAUGGAGGAUUUGAAAUCAAUUCAGAAUUCCUUCAAUGGUUUUGAUGAGAAUAAUGAUCUGAGCAGUAAAGAAGAUGGAUUUUCAAAAGAUAGAAGUUAUCCAGAGGACAAAACCAUGGCUUCCAUGGCAAAGAGUCUCCUCCCUUUCCUGGAUGCAGCAGAUAAUGAAACAGAAGAAGGAUUGAUAUACAAAAAACAAGGAGAAUGUGAACCAGAUGAAAUGCAGAAAUAUCCAUGUCCAAAUUUUGACUUGGAUAGUAAGAAACUUGCAAUUGAAGAAGAGGUGGAUCAUGUUUAUGAGAGGCUACAAGCUCUUGAAGAAGACAGGGAAUUUCUAAAGAACUGCAUGGGCUCCAUAAAGAAAGGAGACAAAGGAAUGGACCUUCUCCAAGAAAUCUUGCAACAUCUCCGAGAUCUAAGGGCGGUGGAACUCCGAACAAGGAACAUGAGUGCUGAUCCACAAGGAUGAUUUUAGGCUUGCCAUAUAUAAAAGGAAUCACCUGUGCAGGAUGUAUUUCCAAGCUUCAGCAGGACUACUCUCUAGAUUAAAGUGGUCUGAAACUUCAUUUCACAUUGAACAUUUUGGACCGGAAGCUCCUGGAAUCCAAUUUUUUCCCUGAAAAGAUGGGAAUAUCUCCAGAUGGAUGGGGAGAUUCCCAAUCUGGUUUUCUUGAAUUGCUGAGUGGUAGGCAGACUUAAAAACUAAAGUCUGCACCCCCCCCCCCCUCCCAAGUUUUCUUUUGGGUUUUCAAAAAUGAAGCAAAGCCCCAAAUUUUGCAGGAUCUCCUCCUUUGCUGCCUUAUUACAAGAAAAGUCGAAAAGAAAGGAGAGCAUACUGUCUACCUGGUUUGAUCAUGUAGGUAAGAUAGUUGAGAACCUAGUAAUUUGUUUUUCUUUUUCUUUUUUUCCCCAACACUAGUUUUCCUUUACUCUUUUCUCCAUAAGGUUUGGAGGAAGGAUUCGAAAGGAGAGGAAUGGAGGCUUUAGCCUUUUCUCUCCUCUGUUUGCAUCAGGUAAUGUUACAGAUGUUAUGAACUUUAUGGAAUUCAAACUUGAUCCAUAUGCUGUUAAUUUCUAUAGUUCUAUGAGGAGCUGUCAUUGAUGUUUUUCUGUCCUCAGUUAAAUUUAAAAAAAAAAGGUCAUGUCUAUGUCCUCUCAGUUUAAAUAGCAGGAAUUACAUAUGAAUUACUUGUAAAUUGAACAGAGAUUAUCAACAAGCUGUAUCAGACUCUAACUACAGAACACUGGAUAAAACUCAAGCCGGAAGAGGAAAGCAUACCAAAAUAUAGGAAAAGAAUUGUGCAAAAGAUAUAAAUUUUUUUUUUGUUGCAUUCUUUUAGAAACAUU